CAAAGUCAAACACAUCUCAAAAGCAAUUUCAAGCUCAAGUCACCAUGGCCAACCAAGACCAAAUCACCUUCUUCGACAUCCCCAGCAAGGAUGGUCGCACAUGGACUCUCAACCCUUGGAAGACCCGCUUCGCUCUCAACUACAAGUCCCUCCCCUACCACACCCAAUGGCUCGAAUACCCCGACAUCCGACCCACUCUCUCCCCGCACCUCCCGCCCACCGCCCCCGAGCCCUCCACGAGCUCCUACACCAUCCCCGCCAUCCGCUUCCCCGACGGCACCUACAUGAUGGACUCCAAGCCUAUCGCCGUGGCGCUCGAGGAGCGCUACCCUGCGCCCCAGUACCCUUCUCUGCACCUGGACACCCCCGCCCUCGCCAAGCUCGAGUCCCUCAUGCCCGGCAUGAUGGGCAAACUGGUCGGUGUCUUUGUGCCUGGCGCCGUCAAGAACAUUCUCGGCCCCAAGAGCCAGCCGUACUUUAAGAGCACGCGGGAGGCGGCGUUUGGGAUGUCGAUUGAGGAGCUGGAGAAGACGCAGGGCGGGGUCCAAGCUUAUGAGAAGAUCCGGGAGGAGUUGAGCGAGGUUACGGCUUUGUUGAAGAAGGGACAAACCUCUGCGGGAGGACCAUUCUUUGAGGGAGACAAGGUGUCGUAUGCGGAUUUUGUGUGGGCGGGGUUUUUGCUGUUUAUGAAGUAUGCGGACGCGGAAGGGUUCGAUAAGUUGUUGGAGGCUACGGGGGAUAAGGAGGCGAAUGAGAAGUUGUUGGAGGGCGUGAAGCCUUGGGCGAGGGAUGAUAUCUGAUCGUGAUGUUAUGUGGUGAGAAAGAGCUUGGAGUAAUAGAUACUAUUCUUCUAAUGGGUAACAAAAUAAGAUUACAACUUUGGAAUAGUGA